AUGUCUAAGAACUCAGAGUUCAUCAAUCUGUCAUUUUUAUUAGACCAUGAGAAGGAAAUGAUCCUGGGAGUCCUAAAGAGAGAUGAAUAUUUGAAAAAAGUGGAAGAAAAGAGAAUAAGGAAGCUGAAAAAUGAACUUUUAGAGGCAAAAUGUAGAAGUGGGAAGACUCAACAAGAGAGCAGUAGAGUCUGUGUUCACUGUCAGAAAAGCCUUGGCUUCAUCUUUGACCGGGGAUAUCCAUGCCAAGUCUGCUUCCUCAAGGUGUGCAGUGAAUGUCGAGUCAUGGGCCCCGAUGGCAACUGGAAGUGCACUGUCUGUGCCAAAGUCGCGCAGCUAAAGUUUAUAAGUGGAGAAUGGUUUUAUGAAGAAAAGGCAAAGCGUUUCAAGCAAGUCAAUGUUCUGGGCACUGAUGUUGUCCGACAGUCCAUCUUAAGAAGAAGCCCAGGAUCUGAAGAAAUACAAAGCCAAGAGCAAGCCCACCAAGAUGUAGACAAGUCAGACACUUCAUCGUCAAUCAGACAGAAGGCCACUCAUGAUGGAUCCAAGAGGAAGGGAUUUCUUCUGAGCAAGUUCAGAUCAGCAACCAGAGGAGAAAUCAGAACUCCAAAACCUGAAAGUGGGAGGAGCUAUAGCUUGGACUUAGACAGUCAUACACUUCAGAGUUUCAAGUCAGCCUCUGGAUCAGACAGGAGAAGUACUGCUUCACCAGAUCUCAUUGACCAGGAGGCAGGACGAGGAACACCGACAAAUAGCUACAGCAACGGUGGAACCCCAGCCACCCAGAGGUCACCAGCCCCAAGUGUUCGUAGUGUGACCUCCAUCAGCAGUAGAGACCGUGUUGUUGAAAAGUCCAUGGCUGUGGGUGCCAAGGAAAGCCCCUCUGAGGAGCUGACAAAGAGUCACCGCAGAAACACAUCUGGGCCACCUUCCAUCGCCGUGUCGGGUGCCUCCCUUUCUUCAGACCAAAGUCAAUCUGAGUUAGAUUUCAGUGAGUCAUUUACAGAAGACGUAGAGGAUACUUCAAGCAUAAGAAGCAGAUCUGUCCCUGGGACAUUAGACAAAGACUUGAACUCCUUAGAAGAUGCUGAAGAUGAUGCCAAUGACUUAGUGUCCUCUGGGUUUUCUGCAAGUCCCCACAGUCUGGCAACAGGCCUUUCAAUGAACUCCCAAGCAGGAUCUGAUAGGAAGAGGAGCUACCUAAAUGUGCCUGAUGCUGAUUCAGACACCACCAGCCUUAACAGCAUGAUGAGUGUUUACAGUGAGACAGGAGACUACGGCAAUGUGAAGGUAACCGGGGAAAUUCUCCUCCACAUCAGCUACUGCUACAAAACUGGCAACCUCUACAUUUUUGUCAAGAAUUGCAGAAACCUGGCCAUAGGUGAUGAAAAGAGACAGAGGACAGAUGCUUAUGUCAAGUCAUACCUUCUUCCAGACAAGUCCCGAAACAAUAAGCGCAAGACCAAAAUCAGAAUAGGCACCAAUCCAGAAUUUAACGAAACACUUAAGUAUACCAUCAGCCACACCCAGCUGGAAACAAGAACUCUGCAGCUCUCAGUCUGGCACUACGAUCGCUUUGGGCACAACAGUUUUCUUGGAGAGGUGGAGAUAGCUUUUGACUCAUGGAACUUUGAAAACCCAUGUGAUGAGUGGUUUGUGCUUCAGCCCAAGGUGGAGUUGGCUCCUGAUAUUGGCCUUCAAUACAAAGGAGAGCUAACGGUUGUCUUACGAUACAUUCCUCCAGAGGAGAGCCCUAUAUUCCAAGUAGAACAACCUCAAGGAAAGAAGAUCUUUAAAAAGGGAAAGAAGAAAGAGUCAUCUGUCAUCUCUGGGGGAAUACUUGAAGUGUUCAUCAAAGAGGCAAAGAAUCUGACAGCAGCCAAAUCGGGAGGCACUUCUGAUAGCUUCGUGAAGGGCUACCUGCUUCCUGAUGAUAACAAAGCCACCAAGCACAAAACGGCGGUUGUCAAAAAGAGUAUUAACCCUCAAUGGAAUCAUACAUUCAUAUUCAGCGGCCUGUAUCCUCAGGAUAUAAAGAAUGUUUGCCUAGAACUCACCAUCUGGGACAAGGAAGCCUUUUCCAGCAACAUCUUUCUAGGAGGUGUUCGUUUAAAUUCUGGAAGCGGUGUCAGUCAUGGGAAGAAUGUGUACUGGAUGGACUCUCGAGGAGAGGAACAACGCCUUUGGCAAAGGAUGAUUGACAGCCCUGGGGUAUCUGUAGAGGGCAUUCUCAUGCUGCGAUCCAGCAUGGCAAAAUGGAGGCUCUGAAGGGAUCAGUUCUCCAAGAACUACAUCUCUGGUUGCCUACUGUUUUCUCUAAGCAAACACUGGGCCCUUGAAUUAUGUUGCCCUGUUAUUUCUCACCUCUUAGGACAUGAGAGGAGAUAUGUCAGUGUUGUGAACAUCUAGGAUCUUGCUGAUUGUCUGAAAAGCAUAUCCUUCUAUAUGUUCCCCCACUCAGGUUUCCCUGAUUAGACGAUAGGAAGUGGACCCCACCAUCUUGCCAACAAGCAGACUGUGCAAUGGCUCAUGGGCUUUAUACUGACCGCAAUGACAAGAGCUUACUGGAAAAUAUUGCUGGGCUCCUCAACUCUUUUCCAACCAAGUUACUUAAGUUUUCUUCAGUUUGAGAAAAGAAGGAAACACCAAGAAGGUAGAUUGCUUAGAGACUAACAAAGAGAGAGAUCUUUGUCUUCUCAGCAGAUUGCCUGUAAUGCAAAGAAGACAUGCUAGGGGUGGUUUGGGAGAAGUCAGGCUCCUUUUGAAAGUGAAGAGAGCUCCAUGAUUAUACACACUCACACUAAAAAAACAAAAGAAAAAACAAAAAAAAAACAAAAUACAAAAGCAGACACAAACUGGAAUGUGUGUAGAGAAAUUAGAAUGUAGGACCAUCUUGUUGAUAAACUAGGAAUUAGAGAACUCUGUUACAAAAAUUAUUUCAUCAAAUAUUAAAAGCCAUUAAGUAUAAGGAAAUAAGAAAUAAGCAAUUAAUUCUUAUCUUUACAUUUUGUUUACUAGUGAGACUAGUUAAGUGAAAAGGGAGAUACUCCACUGUUUGCUGUGCUGCUAUAGGAAAGAGCUAGGAACUCCAUGUUCUCUCUUUCAUUUUCUCUUUACCCAAGUAAUUACUGCUUUCUUAAGCUAUUACAAUGACAAGUAACAAACCACCCCAAAAAUCAAUGACUUAAAAUGAAAAUCAAUUUUUUGGGUGUCUAUGAAGGUUGGCUAGGAGAACUCUGUUUUUUCCUUAUAAGCCCGAGGGUCUAAAUCAGGUACUUAUUUCUCAAUCCUCAUUAGACCAAAAGAAUAGCCUGAGUAUGGUGAUAGCAGAGGUGUACUUGGAUAAGUCCCACUGCUCAAGCACAUAAGUGUCUUGUACCUCAUUGGUCAAAAGGAAGCCAUAUUGCUAAUACCAAAAUCAAUAGAAAAGGAAAUAUGCCUUGCCCAAUGACAAGAGUGAAGGUUCAAGAAAGGAUGGUGAAAGAGAGACAAGUAGUUGAAUGUACUCUACGUCUUGUCAUUUAUGUGCCUAAGCUACCAAAUUUAGAAGCAAAGUCAGGUAAAUCCAGAAAGGAUGCCAAGUCUGGUUCUUUAUUUUGUGGGUUACAACCUUGCAGUCCAGAGAACUGAAAUAAUUUGUCUACGGUCGUGUAGAGGCUGUGACUGAAUCUGGACAGUUCCUAGGCAACUUUGACGUGACUCUAUGCUUAUCAAGGUGGAUAGAAGAUGACAUGUCAAAGAAAGUAGAUCAUGGUUUGAUUAUGUAAGCAUAAACAUACAUAGUCUAUGCCAGGUGUGGUGGGUUACACUUGUAAUUCCAGCACUUUGAAGGUAGAGGUGGGAGGAUCAGGAGCCCAAGGUAUGCCUUGGCUACGUAGAGAAUUUUAAGCUAUCCUGGGCUUAUCUCAAUGGCACCUCAUGUACCAAAAUAUGUAUGCUCCAGAUGUUAUGGAGUCAGAUUCAAUCCCCCAUAGCUCAUUUCUUCAUUUGAAUACAUGUAAACAUGCAAACCCUUUAAAAUAUAGCAAAUGAAUUUUAGUAGUAGAACUAAAACCAUGUUCAGAUUCAUUCCACAGAGUAGUUGCAAGUUUAUAGGUAUGUUUUUGAAAUUUGAAGACUAAUUUAAGAAUCUAUUUAAUAUUCUUCAUAGUAAGGAAACACACAAACCAUUUAAGCAUUAUUCAAAAAGAGACCAUCUGUAGAAAACUUCACCUAUCAUAGCUCAAUAAAUACAGUACUUCUUAAGAAUUUACACACCAUUAUUCUGUCCUUCUCAAAAGCAGGAAAAACCUAUAUGCUUGGUACUAUUUCCUGGAUCAUGAAUAAUAAAAACCCAGAGACAGAUAUUGGGGUGCAAGGUGAAGAUCAGAAGGUAAAAAUAAGCCACUGGAAGCCAGACAGUGGUGUCACACACUUUUAAUCUCACGAUUUGGAAGACAGAGGCAAAUGGAUCUCUGUGAGUUCAAGGCCACCCUGGGCUACACAAGAUCAAUACAGAACCAGAUGGUGGUAACUCACACCUUUAAUCCCAGCACUAGAGGGGAAAAUAAGAUGGGAGGAGACAGGCUCAGGGCUCAGUCUGCAGUUGCCCAACUUUAGUAGAGGUAAGAGGUAGUGGCUUGGUUGUUUUGCUUUUCUGAUCUUCAGACAAGCUUUAUUUAUUAAAUCAUAAAUAGAACAUCAGUAUAAUUUCCCACAUUGGAAAAUAAAUUGUCUUCAAAUGUGAUGGGACUCAAACACUAUUCAGUGACAUUUAGGGGAUGUGAGAAGCUGAUGACGGUGAAGCCUGUCUCUGGAGUGUAUACAACAAAGUAGAUUUAUUCACUAAGAAAAUGUGACUAAAUGAUUUUUAAAUUUACAACUUAAACUCAAGAAAAGCAUGAAUCUUCGUGUCAGGUCAAAUUCAAAGCAAUUCUCUGUACAAUGGUUUCAUGAUAUCCUGUGUCUAACUGGAUAUUUCUAUAAAACAAACCCCACAUAUACAAAAAAAGAUCAGAAACCCACUCUCGUUGCUCCUGGAAACAAAAGCAAACACCUUAAGAUCAUUCUCUUUUUCUAAAUGUACAUACAAAACAACAGUUUAAAAUAUAAGUGGGAUGUGUUGGUAGAUAGCUGGAAUCCUAGCAUCUGGGAGACUAAUUCAGGAGGACCACAAGUUCAACAUCAGCCUAGACUACAACAAGAGCCUAUGUCAGAAGGAAAAUAUUCUAUGAACGGCAUAGAAUUCAAGAGCUUAAAAACUAUGAAGAGCCUUGUCCACCACUUCCACAUGUCAGUGUCAGGCUUUUCUAUGCCUGUAGAGUACUGCUUCAUAGCAGUCCACUGAAUAUGUUCAGCUGGUAUUAGCAGAAGCCACAAGAAAUAUGGGUAAAACAUCUGUGCUCAAUGGCUUCUCCAAGCAAUCUUUUCUUUUUAAAAACACUUUGAAAUUCAAAAUGAGAUAUAUAUUUUACUCAGCCCUCCACUUUCAUACAUCUUCCCUACAGAAGUAGAUACAUGUAUUUCUUGCUCCUUUUUUGCCCUGAAGCAAAAUAAGUCAAGAAAUCAUAUUGAGCCUACUUCUUGUGUUUCCUCGUCUCUGUGAUAUUACCCAAAGCCGAACUAACAUCACUGCUUUCCAUGACUAUUUCAGUAGUCUCCUAGCUUUAAUCAUUUUGAAUUGCUUAUUAUUAUUUAUUGUGUGUAUCUGUGAUGCAUGUGUUGAAUGUACAUGUGGAGGUCAGAGAACAGCUCUGUGGACUCCUCUCUUUCCAUCUUCACAGUUGACCUGAAAAUAAAAUACAAAUUAUUGUAUGUGGUCCAGAAUAUGAAGACCACUGCCUUUUCUCUAGCAUAUCCCAAGCUGUGCCUCCCCUCCCCAUCCCCAUCCUCCCUUUCUCUUAAGCCACCUUGUGGACUUUUUUUUUUUGUUCUCAUUAAUCUAAUCCCCAUAAAUCUUCCAGGUCUUAACUGCUACUUCCUCAGGAAAACCUUCCUGAUCGUGUGCUAAGCUAGGCCACAGAAACUUGCUUUCAUUUCCCCUCCAUGGCACCCAUCACAAUUACAUUAAAUUAUUCAUGUAAUGAAACUUUUCAUGCCCAUGUGUACUGUCUCUUCACUUAAGAUUCAUAAGGGCAGGUGCAAUACAUUUUCAUAGCAGUAUCCCCAGUGCUUGGCUGAGAAUAGGUGAUCAAAGAAAAACAAAAUAGCUCCACAGAGCAUUACAUAAGUAAGCAGUUUUUAAAGCUACUCUUUCGAAGUGCGAGGGGAAGGAGGAGAUAGAGCAAGGGUGGAUAGGGACUUGCAUGUCUUAACCAGGGAUUUGGGUCAUUGGCUGAAUGAAAUGGGAACUACUGAGAGUUCUGAGCCAAAGAAUGGUAAACUAGAAUGUGUUUCAACAGCAUCCCCCUAGCUGCUGUAUCCAGGACAUGGUGAAGAGAGAUCAGCUUGCAACACUCAGUCUAUUUUCAACUACAAGUAACAAAAAAUACCCUUAAGAUUAUAUAAGAGUGUAACUGGAUUAUCAUUCGUAAGCCUGUAGGGAGGGCUUUUAUUCUAGUUUGCACAGCUGUGAUUUGCAGGCUGUUUUCCCCUGGAUUAAGAUUUCUGAUUCUUCAUCACUGUUAUAGGUAUAACGCUGAUGAUUAUUAAGAUAUCUGCAUGAAAAUUGAAGAAGGGAGAGAAUGUUGGCAUUUUUCUAUUUAGUAUAUAGCCUGUAAGUGCCAAAUGCUCAUAUAUUUUCUUUUUUUAAUUUAUUAAAAAUUUCCACCUCCUCCAAUCCUCCCAUUUACCUCCCACUCCCCUUCCCACUCCCUCUGCAGUCCUAAGAACAGUCAGGGUUCCCUGCCCUGUGGGGAGUCCAAGGUCCUCCCCCCUCCAUCCAGGUCUAGGAAGGUGAAAAUGCUCAUAUUUUUAUCCAAUGUUUUAACACAAGAAGAAACCUGUCUAUGUUUUCCUUUUUCUCUAAAUGAGGCUGAAAUGAAUGCACACAAUUACAGUAAAGUGUAAGUCAGUAGACUCCGCUGGGAGGUCAGAGAACCAGAUGUGUGUCAUCUCUGCUGUUAAUACACUCAUGCCAAUAACAGGAAUCCUAUUAUACUUGCCACUGAAUUUUUUACUUACCGAGAUUUUAUUUGGGCAUCAGAGAGUUCACACUUGUUUGUGAAAAUGCCUAGGAAUUGAUGAACCAUAACACUUCAAUUUCCUUCAUUCUCUUUUAGAAACAACUAAGAAAGGAAGUCAUUCCAUCAAAAGCAGUCGUGUCUGUCACUCAGAGUUGGACUGUAUAGUUGAGAGUAAGAGUGAGAAGUGUGACUGUGUCUUCUCUUCGUAAAUGGAUAUUUUAAAAGAGAGAUUAUUCCCAGUUGACAUAGAGAAAGGGACAUCUAGACUUUUUUUCACUCUUUCUGGUGCUCCUCAGGUUGAUGGAGUACUCACAGAGGUUUAGGAGAUCCCUUUGCUGCUUUUUUGCAUAUAGGUUUCUGGAAAAAUCAUUAUUCAAUUAAAUUAUUUUCUGGAACCUCAGAACCCAUAUUAACAAGACUACUCAUAAAACAUACGAACUAUCACAGCCAUGUGAAGAGCAAGGUACCCUGGCAGCUUUCCAAGGUCCCAAGAGGUAACAAGCAUUACUGAAAGUAUAAUGAAGUAGAGAACUGCUCUGACGAAGAAUAUGGUAUUAACAGAAAAAAAAAACCUAUAGCAGCUGCUUUAGUAUAUAGAUGAGGCAGAGAUCCUGUCCCUGAAGAGCAAUUCAUGAGUAGUAAAUUGCUUUCUAAGGACAGUUGUAGGACAAUGGGGUUGUUUUGAUGACUAUGAUUUACCAGUUUGGUCCAGACAUAAAUUGCUAGGAAUAAAGGAGAAAGAGGGGCUUGCCUUCCUUCAGGGAUUCCUUUGUAUCUCUUCCAUCAGUAAAGUGUGCCUCAAUAUAAAUGUCAGGCAAAUAUUUAAGGAGGAUACCAAGGCCAUAAAGUGAUGGGGCACAAUUGCAACCCUAUCUACUCAGGAUGCUAUGGCAGGAGGAUCACAAGUUUGGGGCCAGCUUGGAUAACUUAGGAAGGCAUUGUCUCAAAAAAAAUUUUUUUUAAGACAUGAGCUGGAGCUCCGUGUUAGAGCCCUUGCCUCACAUGUGUGAGACCCUGGGUUCAGUCUUCAGCAUCAACAUUAAAUUCAAUUGAUCUGAGAAAUACAUCACUUCAUCAGUUCUGUGAAUGCACUGGGUCUCCCAUUCCUGGAGUACGCAUUGUACUGAUGAGCAAGCCAAGAUUUUCUCUGGCACCUAUAGAUGAGUUUGCGGGUUUAGUGGAUUUCAGAAGAAAGGCACAUUUUCAAUGUCUCAUGAACAUCUUUGAAUCACUGGGCCAGAGUCAGACCUGCACUUGAGGAAAAAUAAAAAAAGGCGGUUUUCUCAAUUUUGUUACAGACUGAACCAUCUAUCCACAUGUUCAUUCGCUUCCCAAGGUACCCUUCCAAAUUUUUUCCUGGUCAAAAGUUGACCUAUUUUGCCUGUUUAUAUUUAGUAGAUUUUAGUUCUUAGAGAAAAUUUGGGUUUACAGAACAGCUGUGUGGAAGUUACAGAGCAUUUUAAUAUAUACUGUCCAUUUCCAUAGUUUCUCUAGUUGCCCCCUUCUAUCAGUGUGGCACAUUCUUUAGAACUGAUGAGACAAUAUUUGGGCAUUAUUUUAAACUUAAGGUACUGCUUUAUAACAAGGCCCAUGCUUUGUGUUUUAGAGUAUUGCCUGCCCUGAUAAAUGCAUAAACACAGUAAAGACUCCUUGUAGACUUGUUUCUUUUGCUUAGCAAUAUGCAUUUAAGUUUCUUUCCUGUCUUUUUGUGAUGUGAUACUUUAAUGUUUCCUGUUGUAAGUGCACUUAAUAUGAUAUCAAUGCUCUUCACAAAAUUUGAAUUAUAAUAUAUAUUUAUAUGUAUUUAAGUUUCCUUUUAAGUAUAAGACAAUCAAAGUAUAGAAUCAAUGUUUUAAUCUCAAUAGAUGAUAAGUUGGCGCUCCUUUGUCUAUUUUGUUAUUGUUGGCUACAAAGUUCCUAUUGGCUUACCUUAACAUGUAUAGCACAAAAUUAGUAAUGAUCCUAUUUAAAUGUUGAAUAUGUUUGUUUGUAAGCUUCUUAAUGGAGUUCUUAUGCUAGACUAAAGCUGUAUGCUAUCUUGUACAUUAUGCAAAUGAUAAUGUAUUGUUCAUUAAAUUCA